AUGAAGAUUCUUGGUACUGCUAAAUUUAAAGAGGGUACUCUUCCUGUUAAAUACCUUGGUGUCCCCCUUAUUACUACCAAGUUGAAGGCCACUGAUUGUGUCCCUCUUAUUGAUAGGAUUACCAAAAGAGUGAAGAAUUGGACUAACAGAUCUUUAUCUUAUGCUGGUAGAAGCCAGCUUAUCCAAUCCAUUCUUUUUUCUAUGCAAGUUCACUGGUCUUCCUUGUUUAUCCUUCCUAAGAAGGUUAUUAAGGAGAUUGAGAGUAUUCUUAGGGCUUUUCUUUGGUCUGGCAGUGAUCCCAAAACUCAUAGUGCCAAGAUUGCUUGGGAUUCUGUGUGCGCUCCUAAAAAUGAAGGGGGUCUUGGUUUUAAGUCCCUUGAUAUCUGGAAUAAAGCUGCAAUAGCUAAGCAUAUUUGGUAUCUCUUCUCGGGGGGUGAGGUUUCUAUGUGGUGUCAGUGGGUUAAGUCCUAUUUACUCAAGGGUAAUAGUUUUUGGAAAGUUAGAAUUCCUACUGACCCUUCCUGGGUUUGGAGGAAAUUACUGUCUCUUAGGAACUGGAUGUCUCCCCUUCUCACUCACAAAGUUGGUUGUGGGGAGUCUAUCUUUCUUUGGUAUGACAAUUGGCACCCGCUUGGGCCACUAUGGAACAAGUUUGGGGAUAGAAUUAUGUAUGAUUCCUGUCUCAAUAGUGAGACCAAAGUUAAUCAAAUCAUUGAGGGUCAUUCUUGGAAGUGGCCUAUUCCUAAUUCUUGGGAGAUUUAG